AUGAAGAGACAAAUGGAAGAUUUCGAGAGGGAGAGUGUGAGGGCGUUGGCAGGGCAGAAAGAAGAGCUCAGGUUGGCUUUUGAGACGUCUCAAAAGGCGCUGGCAGAGCAGAAGGAAGAGCUCAGGUUGGCUUUUGAGACGUCUCAAAAGGCGCUGGCAGAACAGAAGGAAGAGCUCAGGUUGGCUUUUGAGACGUCUCAAAAGGCGCUGGCAGAGCAGAAGGAAGAGCUCAGGUUCGCUUUUGAGACGUCUCAAAAGGCGCUGGCAGAACAGAAGGAAGAGCUCAGGUUGGCUUUUGAGACGUCUCAAAAGGCGCUGGCAGAGCAGAAGGAAGAGCUCAGGUUGGCUUUUGAGACGUCUCAAAAGGCGCUGGCAGAGCAGAAGGAAGAGCUCAGGUUCAACAGGGAGCUGGCGAGUGAUGUUACAAGCGUGAAAGCGGUGAAUGGACUGCUAACAUCUGCUGACCCCAAGGGGAAAUACCAGAGCACCUGCGAGGAGCUGAAAAAACUACAGGACCUACUAGACUCAGCUGGUGAGACUGUUUCGUGUAGAGAGGGGUGGAGGGGGGAGGAAGAUCCAGUCUCAACUGGCAGCGGGGGGGAGGUGUUCCAGGUCGGGAAGGUAAACUUACUGGUCUGCAUGUGA